CUUCACCACGCGCUCUCCUUCCACCGACGUCUUACAUAGCCUUGCCUGCAUUGCAGAACAGCGCGCGGGACACACGACCAACGGAACGACAGAGAACAACCCUCGGGACGGCGCGGUUACGUAAAACGGGAACAAUAGCGACGCAUCCCCCUGCCGUCCGUUCUCUUCUUACUUUCACGCCCUCCAAGAUGUUUUCUGUCGCCCGGCUGCGACGUUUUCUCCCGUUUCUCCUGCUCAGUGCCCCGGCCGUCGCCGCACGCGAAGAAUCUUUAUUCACGUCUUCUGUAACAUACUGCGAGCCUCCAGAGUCGCUCCUUGUUCAAAGAUUCGACGUUGCAUAUUUUGCGAGCAACAACAGCAUCAGUUUCAACAUCUCCGCAGCUAGCGUGGUUUCAAACCUCAAUGUCUCUGCCAACUUGUUCGUCAACGUCUAUGGGAUGCACCCAGUCAAUGUCACGAUCGAUUUGUGCUCCAUUCUGGACGGACUCCUUUGCCCACUACCAACGUACAACUUCACUGGAGCCACCUCUAUACCUCUUCCGUCGUCGGUUGACGUCGCGUCGAACCUGCCCGGGAUCGCAUACAAGAUUCCCGACCUCGAAGCCUUCGUGCAGCUCACGCUCUUAGAAACGACGACACAAGAUGUCGUCGCCUGUGUGCAAGCGACAUUGUCGAAUGGCUGGUCGACCCACCAGACUGCGGUGGAGUGGGCUACGGGCGCCCUCGCUAUUCUCGCCCUGAUCCCCUCCAUCUUCCAAUCGUUGCUCCCGGAGGCUCUUCUCCCCUUCCGCCUCGUGGAACUUAUGUUCCUCUUCCAAUCCAUCGCCGCCACUGCCCUACUUUCCUUGAACUACCCACUGGUCUACCGUUCGUAUGCCACGAAUUUCGCGUGGGCGAUGGGACUCUAUCCCUCGCAUUCUAUUCAGAAGGCGAUCAAUAACCUUCGCAGCGCUACUGGCGGCCAUGUAACGAACGGUGACACCGGGGAUUCCGUUGGGUUUGUCAACCGCAAACUCAGCCCGUUCAACGUCGGCCAGGAUAACUUCGUUCUUUCCUCCGGCAUAGGCACUAUCAGCCAGUUUGGCAAGCGAGCCGUAGCCACCGUCACGGCCGGCUCGUCCAAUGUUCUCCAAGCCGGCAUUCCAGUUUACGUGAACGCGCGCCGUAUCGCCACAGCCAACGCGUUCGAUAGCAUCUUCAUCACGGCGCUGAUCGCCAUAGUUAUCACGCUGGCUUGCUUUGGCUUUGGAUACCUCAUCCUGCGGUUACUCGCUCGCUCAAGUAGGCAAGGGUCAAACGCCGCCGCAGAAGUUGAGGAUAGAUACCCAUCCAUCAUCAAAUCCUGGUCUCUUCGAGUGGCAUUGAUAUCAUUCUUACCCGUCACCAUCUUUGCCUUCUACCAAUGGACCCUCAGUGACUCAUGGUUGUCCAUUCUCCUUUCCGUCUUCCUUAUCGCAUGGGUCUUCGCCGGUGUCUUCUGGGCAGCAUUCGCCACCCUUCGCCUGGCUAGGUCUGAGGGUCCCCUCGCUCUUCACUCCCACACCGAACACCUCCGCUCAUACGGCCCGCUUUACGCCAUCUAUCGCGCGGAGCGGUGGUUCUUCUCCUUCCCUCUGCUAUUCGCCGCCCUGGCGAAGUCGGCCGUCAUCGCUUUCGGGCACGGACACGGCCAAACGCAGUUGAUCUUCCUGAUCGCCAUCGAGUUGCUGGUGCUCGUCAGCACGAUCGCAGCCAAACCACAGAAGACGCGGCGGAGCGACGUGUUCGCUACAUUCUUCGCCGUGGUGCGCUUCGUGUGCGCUGGACUCAUGAUCGCCUUCAUCGAGUCUAUCGCCGUGGACGCCAUUCCGCGUGUCGCCAUCGGGAUCGUCAUCGCCGUCAUAUUCUCGGUGGCGGUCGUCGUCAUGUUCUUCAACAUCGUAUGGAACAUGAUCGACGUGGUGUUCCGGAGACGGCGAGCGAGCAGCGAGCAGUCCACACCCGUGGGAUCUAUCCUCGAGAAGCAGAGCAACAGAUCGCUGCCCCCGGCAUCUCUCGCAGGAUUGGAGGAUGGCUUGGGUUCGUUACGCAAUGCGCGGAUGGAAGAUGACCUCGACACAUUGCCGAACACUCCCACUACCGCCACGCACUCCCAGCGACACAGCGCCGCACAGGAGAUGACAUACGCCCGCGGCUCAUACGCGCCUCAAAGAGAGCGUUGGUCGCAUGCGCACACGUCAUCGUCUGGGUCGGCUUCCAGCCAAUUACCUCUAUCUCGCGCAUGAUCGAUCCCCGCCACUGCCCCCAUUAUCACUCCUCGGCGAUCCGGUUGUACCAUAUAUUGGGAUUCCCAACAUAGUGCAUAGAGGAAGUCUCAUGGUCAUAUCAUCACCAACAUUCCUUCUCCCGUAGAUUAUGCUAUGUACCCGUGCUCCCGUAAUACCCGCCACAGCAUAGCUGUUCCCA